UUGUAUAUGCUACAUUUUUAACACAAAACAACAAGGACAAGAAGUUUUCUGAAAAUAAGUACUUCCUUCCCAAAACUGGACUCUGCUAACAUUCUGGAACUACUGAAAAGAUGUAUUCAAAACAACAUCACGCAACCUUCCCUCCUGCCAGUGUUGGAAUUAUAGAUCAACAAGCUAUGAUGCAGAAUCUGAAUGAAAGACUAGAGGAUUUUCUUGGCAAAGUACGUAACUUGGAAGCAGAAAAUGUAAUGCUCGAACAUCAGAUUGAUGAGUGGAAUCAGAAAAAUGAACCAGUGAAAAAGGAUUACAGCAAAUAUGAUAAGGAAAUUGAGGAGCUCAUAGACAUGGUAUGCCAGAAGACAGUAGAGAAUGCACAGCUGGCUUACAGCAUUGAAAGUGCUCAAAUAGAAGCCUACAAUUACCAGAACAGCGACGUAGAAAGUGGGGCCAAAGUCAGUUAUUCAUUUCACUUUGCCAUUCCUGAGGCAGAAGUGGCCUAG